GAGCCCACACGUCGUCGGUCAACUACCUCGCAAGAAUAAAACCUCAGCCGGUUUUUUUUUUUAAUCUUUGGACGCUUUAACCAGCUGACAUCUACCAGGUUGGACAGCCGCUCGACACCGGACACGACGCAUCAAGCUUCCCCCCCCCCGCCGCCGCCGCAAAAACCAAAAGAAAACCGCAAAAGUUCAGCCCAACUCGGAAGAGGCGCAAACGGACGGAGCUGCGGGGACGGAUCCAUUUCACAUCCUGGUUUUCUGUUCAAAGUGUCAUCGCGAUGUCUUGCGCCGAUGCGUCGGACCAGGGUCGGCGGUUCUGCGUGUUGUCUUGGGAUCAGGUGCAGCGUUUGGACUCUAUCCUCGGGGAAGCUAUCCCCAUCCACGGCCGCGGAAACUUCCCGACACUCUCCGUGCAACCGCGGCAAUUCGUCCAGGUGGUGCGAGAGAGGCUGGAAGAGAGGGGCGUGAGUGUGAAGGAUGUGAGGCUGAAUGGAUCUGCUGCAACCCACGUGCUCCACCAGGACACUGGACUGGGCUACAAGGACCUGGACCUGAUCUUUGGUGUGUCGCUGAAAGAUGACCAGGCCUUCCGCCUGGUGAAGGAUGUAGUGCUGGACUGCCUGUUGGACUUCUUGCCAGCUGGGGUCUCGAAGGAGCGCAUCACGGCUCUGACGCUCAAGGAGGCCUACGUACAGAAACUGGUAAAAGUCUGCAAUGACGCAGACCGCUGGAGCCUCAUCUCGCUGUCUAACAACACAGGCAAGAACGUGGAACUAAAAUUUGUGGACUCUUUAAGGCGACAAUUUGAAUUCAGCGUUGAUUCCUUCCAGAUUUGCCUGGACUCACUUCUCUUGUUCGACCGCUGCUCAGAGACGCCAAUGUCCGAGAGCUUUCACCCCACCGUGCUCGGGGAGAGUGUGUAUGGGGACUUUGAAGAGGCCAUGGACCACCUGUGUCGGCGGACCAUAGCAACACAUAGCCCCGAAGAAAUCCGAGGGGGAGGGUUGUUGAAGUACUGUCAUCUGCUGGUGAGGGGGUUUAGACCCUCCUCAGAGAGAGACAUGAAGCAGAUGCAGCGCUAUAUGUGCUCGCGCUUCUUCAUUGACUUCCCUGACAUUGGCGAGCAGCAGAGGAAGCUGGAGGCCUACCUCCAGAACCACUUUGCCGGGAUGGAGCACAAACGGUACGAGUGCCUGAUGACUCUGCACCAAGUGGUGAACGAGAGCACCGUGUGUCUGAUGGGCCAUGAGCGGCGCCAGACGCUCAGCCUCAUCUCCAUGCUGGCGCUGAGAGUGCUGGCUGAGCAGAAUGCCAUCCCCACCGUAACCAAUGUCACGUGCUACUACCAGCCCGCCCCUUAUGUACAGGACAUCAACUUCAGCAAUUAUUAUAUUGCACAUGUGCAGCCGCCCAUAGUCCCAGCGUGCGGUAACUCGUACCAAACAUGGCUGCCCUGUAACUGAUCUACUCGGUACGAUUUCAAGGGCAGAGGUGGAAGUGGCCCCUUCCGUUCCUGUUUCUUCAGGGAUGAUAGGAUCAUCGACCUAGUGGCAGCAUUGGUCUUUAUUGUUCGAGGAAAAUGAUGGGAGAGAACUGAAAACCAUUUAAAAAAAAAAAACACACAAAAACAGAAAUCCCCUUUUUGCCAAACGUGACUUGAUUACAACAAUCCCGUACUGCUGUACAUCUGAUUUGAGCCGACACAUGUAUUUUUCCUCACUUAUUUUUCUCACCGUCUUUCUCUUGCAAAACGUUUAUAUAAAGUUGCUGGUCAUUUCUCAUAUGUAGCAAACAAAAACCUAUUAUUUAUCUAAAAAGGUCUUUUACAGAGCUUCAUGUUUGACAACUAGGAGAAAAAAAAUACACUUUGAGGGGUGGGGGGGCAUUGAAGCUUGUGUUAUUUUCAUACACUGGCUUCAACGGACUUAUUUUUUAAAUUACACACAGGACCAAAGAUGUAUUUCUUGUUCAAAAGGGAAUGUUGAUGUGAUUCCAAGUGCCUAACAAUGAAAUGAUGUAAAAAAAAAAAAAAAAAACA